AUGUCCAGCUCAUCGUUGUCGAGCCAGAAUGGGUCUCAACCUUCCCCAUCAGUUGCAGCCGACAAGAAGACGCACCAGCCGCCACCGCGCGUUCGCCGCCGAAACCGACUUAUUACUUCUUGUCUUGAGUGUAGGCGGCGGAAGCUAAAAUGUGACAAAGGUCAUCCGUGUGCACAUUGCACCAAGAACACGCGCCAAUGCGUCUUCAUCGCCUCCGGGCUUGAUGCGAACGCUCAGGCAAAGCUUGCUGAAGUAAAAGAGCAGAUGGGCCGUUUGGAGAGAAGCCUCGAAGAUGAUGUUGCGCGAAAAACGGAAGCAAAUGAAACAGAUACUCCUAGCUUUUCUAGACUCGGCGAACUGCCUGGCCAGGAACAAUCGAGUGACCAAGAAGACGACGAGGAAAUUAAAGAGCUGCGACCAACGUAUCUCGUUACCGAAGAUGCCGCUUACUAUGAGCCUGACGACGUUGUCAACGACGAUUUCAACGACGAUUUCAACGACGACAUAAUCGAUCUGGGCUUCCGCAUGGGCCGAAUUCGCAUCACAGAACGUAUCGGAGGACUCGUGCGCCCAAGAUUCUCGGAAGAACUUACGCAAUCACUCAGUGAGCUGCCAGACCGCGAUAUUCUCCAUCAGUCUACCAUCGAAGAGGAUUCUGCUAGUUGGUUAGCACCUACGCAAGACUAUGUUGCGCCCUCUUCGAAUUUCAUGUUGGCAUCAGGGAUCAACCAAGCAUCACUUGAGGCUUAUCUUCCUGCACGUGCUGUUGCUGAUAAACUGCUCGCUCACUACUGGGUCACUGUUCAUAUCAUAGCUCGGACUGUACAUCGCCCUUCAUUCGAAAGACAAUAUCAGAACUUCUGGAUCAGAGUCAACAUGGGCAUGGAGCCUCGUGCAUCUUUCCAAGCGGUGCUCUUCGCGGCCUUGUUGGGUUCAGUUGUCUCCAUGAACGACGAUAUGGUGCGCGCUGAGUUUGGAGUCGAAAGGCAAACGAUGGUAAACAGCUUCCGUGAAGGGGCCGAAACAGCAUUGGCGCGAGCCAACUUCCUUCGCACUACGAAACUGGAGACGCUCCAAGCUUUCGUGAUGUACCUUAUCCCUAUAUGUCGCAAUGAAGUGUCUCGCGCACACUCCGCACUCACUGGAUCCCUUAUUCGCUUAGCCGAGUGUAUGGGUUUGCACCGGGACCCAACAGCCUACAGUUCCUCACCAGUUGAGAUCCAAGUACGGCGCCUCAUAUGGUACCAAAUAUGUUUCUUGGAUAUGCGCACUUGCGAAGCUGUUGGUCCUCGUCCACAAAUCCGGCUCGACGAUUAUGACACUCGCUUCCCACGGAAUAUCGACGACGUCGAUCUCGAUCGCGCUGAGCGUGGCGACACCGAGGUAGAUGUUAGUAAAGACCGCAAUCACUUUACCGACAUGACUAUCAGCCGCAUGCGAUUCGAAGCUUAUGAAAUGCAUCGUUUGCUUUGGAGUGAGCGCCCAAAACUGGAUCGCAAACUCGGUAACGGAAAAAGCAAAGUCACAAUUACCUCUUUGCUGUCGCGUGUCCAGUCGUUCCAGGCCGCUAUGGAAAAGAAGUACCUUCCCAUGCUCAACAAGUCGGAACCAAUACAUGUUUUGGCGUCUGAACUGUAUGGCAUCGUUUCGAAUCGCCUUUACGUUUCCAUACUACAGAAGUACAUCACCUCAGCCCGUAGUCGCAUGCCGGAGCGCUUACGACUAUUGGCAAUGAGCGCGGCAACCAUGAUUCUGGAGCACGGUAUGACAAUUGAGCAGCAUCCAAUCCUAUCCUCUUGGUCAUGGAUUGUCGGAGCUCUCCACCAACAUCACUGCGCGCUCCUCCUCGUGAAUGAGAUUUACAUAGCAAACCCAGAGCCAGCCAUGGAACAGCGUAUGUGGAGAUGCCUGGACUACUCAUUCAACCUGCCCGCUGGACUUUCCAACGUCGAGAAAAUAAGGAUGGUUCUAGAAGAACUUAUUGGCAAAACGAAGAAGUACUCAGACGUGAAACGAGUACGAGUUCCUGCCAACAUGCCGCGAGCAUGUGUAGCGCCAAGACAACGAGUACAGAGAGAGGAAAGAGAGCGCAGUGGAAGCACGCAAUCGAACAUGAGUACUUCUGGUCCCCUUUCGCAUCUACUGAGCGGUAAUGCAGAUAUGCAAAACCUCACGCCGCCGCCGCCACUAUCGCAAUCGCAAUCGCAAAGCCCACAGGCUGGAAACCCAGUAGCAACCGGGAUCAAUACUUUCCCUGGUGCCAUACCGACUGUAGACUGGGGUACUUUCGAUAUGCCAUCGCCCAUGCCAGUGUCGUCUUACAGUGGUAUUUCACCCACAAAUUACACAAGCACUUUGCUGCCGGACGCCGCACAGCAAGUUGGAGACGACACCGACAGCCCCCAGUCAGUCAUGUACGGAGGAAGUGGGAUGAUGGCGGGAUCAACAAAUGGUAACAUCAUGGAUGCCGUUAAUGAUAUUGACUGGAACGAUGUCGAGAAGAUGUUUGGUAGUGCUGAGAUGGGGGCGGGAAAUAUGCUCAUUCCGCCUUUUGCGUUCCCGUCGCUCACUGCUUCGGAUCUGCAGUGGCCGGCGCAGGAUCGGAUGCAGUGA